CAGUGGACGUGACAUGUCGCGUUGCCUUUAGCGAGUUAAACAAAAUCAUGGCUUCAGACGAGACUUGUAAAGUGUAUUCCCUGAAGGGGAAGGUGGCCCUGAUAACGGGGGCCAGCUCGGGCAUCGGGGCCGGUACCAGCGUCCUGUUCGCUAAACUCGGGGCUGUGCUCGCUCUGAACGGACGCGACGUGGAAAACCUGGCCAAGAUAGCGAAGCAGUGCACGGACUGUGGAGCUGCUGAGCCGCUGCUUGUUCCUGGAGACCUGACGGACGAGGACACGGUGAAGAGGACGGUGGAGCAAACCGUGGCUCGCUUCGGCCGACUGGACGUCCUGGUCAACAGCGCGGGCAUCCUGGCCAUGGGCAGCAUCGAGACCACGGACCUGGCUCAGUACGACAAAGUCAUGAACGUCAAUGUCAGGUCUGUGUAUCACCUGACUCAGCUUUGUGUGCCCCACCUGAUCAAGACCAAAGGCUCCAUCGUCAACGUGUCCAGCGUCAAUGGACAGAGAUCAUUCCCUGGUGUGUUGGCGUACUGCAUGUCCAAGUCGGCCAUUGACCAGUUUACACGAUGCACAGCCCUGGAACUGGCAUCGAAGCAAGUCAGAGUCAACUCCGUCUGUCCUGGUGUGAUCAUCACAGAUGUGCACAAGAGAGCAGGGCUGGAUGAGGAGCAGUAUGCUCAGUUCCUCGCCAAGUGCAAGCAGACGCAUGCCCUCGGGCGGCCGGGUCAGGUGGAGGAGGUGGCUCAGAGCAUCGCCUUCCUGGCGUCCGACGCCGCCAGCUUCAUCACCGGAGUCAACCUACCCAUCGACGGCGGUCGCCACGCCAUGUGCCCGAGAUAAAACCGAGGACAGACAGGACCGAGUCUGCUAAUACACAACUUCCAACCUCUCAAGUGUUCCCGUGUCUUUGUGUCACAUAAAGCUUCUGUUGGGUUGAAAGAUGAGGAAAGUUAACUUCACUGACUCCGUUUCUCUCCGGUGUUUCCGAAGCUAAUGAGCGUCAGGACUCGUCUGGUCCAGGUGUGAAAUGAGCAGCAGGCGGCUGAGAGGCCUCGUCACAAGCAGGCAGUUUAAAUGCAUUUUACUUUCUCACGUUCUGAAGUUUUCUCUUUGAAGGAGAGGAAGAAAGAAAAAACCGAAAGCUGCUUAUCAACAAAGGUUUUUCGACUUUUAUUGAAUUACCUGUCGAGCCGUUAGACUUCAAUCACGCGUCAUAAAACGUCUGAGCUCAUGUACUGUGAGGUUUGUAGUUUUGUUUCUCUUUUGAGUGAAAUCCUCUGAGUAGAUUUUAUUCUAAAUCUCCAAAUGACCAAAAGACAAUGUGCUGAAAACAUAACUUUGAUGCCUGGUUUUUGAACUGGAAUUCCAAUGAGAAUUUAAAUAAUAUUUAAAUAGAACCCACUGAUGCAUGAAAAGUUGCAUAAUUAUACAUUUACAUUCCGAGAAAACAAACUUAACUUAUAGCGUGAGACUCGUACAAAGAAUAUUGAAAAAAAAAAAAAAAAAUAAUACCUUGAAAAUAUAAGUUAAAGAAAGGUGUGUGUGUUACAGUCUUCCCUUUUAAAGCACUCAGGAGCAGCUUUGCAGAGAGUUUCAGGACUUUUGAGUGUCGACCGUCAGAGCACCAGGUGUCACCUCUGCGUCAUCCCAGAUUAGAUCAGGCAGCAGCUCGAGCGCUGGAAGAUGAGAGGCGCAGGACGAGGUAGCGUAAUGACACACUUGUGGAAGUCUGGGGAAGCAGCUCACAGCAGUUGUUUGUGUGAAGAUAUUAAAAAAACAAGAAAAAAAAACGUGGCGUGUCUCAGCUGUGGACACUUUGCAGAGGCUCAAAUAGAAAAAUACCUGGAGAGAGCGUGUGUCUGAGGCACACUGUACCUGAAUGAGUGAUACCGUACUGUAGAUCACUAAAGGCUGUGAAACAAUAACUAUUGCACUUUAUAUUACAAUAUACAGUACAUAUACAUGUAUAAAUAAUCCUAAAAAUGAAAAUAAUUGUUAAGUGAAUUUUGUAGAUGGAGCUGAUCCACAUGUCUGUACAGGUCUUGAAGGGACCGUGAAGGGAAUAUGAUACAACGUGGUCCGAGAUACGACGGAACUGACAAAGUUCAUACUGUUUCCUUCCAGAAAGUGGCAUCUGAGCGCGUCUUGAGUCACGUUCCUGGAUUAAUCGAGCGUCUUUCAACGUCCUGUGCCCUCCCCCGGGCGAUCCAGCCGGGAGGGGUGAUCGGACCCUAGCUUGAGACCAGAUGGCUGCUUAGCUACUGUGCCGCCUGCUCGCUGGCAAAAGCUAAACCAGCCCUUCAUACUUGGUGAAGCGGUUUUCCCAAGGAGCUGUUGACUCCAACAUAACCGCCUGCUUGGUGGACUCGGACAGGAGGAGAACGAUAUCUGGUCUUAGGGAGGUUGGUGACUGGGGAACUUUGAAGUUGUCGCUCCAUGUCCACCAACAGCUGCCAGUCCCUUGCGGAGUUGAGGAUGCCCGCGGACAUCCGGGAGCUUGCGUCACACAAACAAGUCUCUGGAAAAAAAAGGAGCUUAUUCUCGGUUUCCAUGGUCCUAUUAGUCCCAGAAGUCUUAUCUGUGCUGGACCAACGGGUCUUCUUUAUCCGGCGCCUUUCUGUUUCUGCAGUCCAAGCAUAUUUUAUGGAGACAGUAGAGAAGUGUUGCUCCGGAAAACAGGAAAAGAAU